UCCUCGCGAGCCUUUUGUGUUUCGAACUCUCACAUCUUUGCCUAUCAAUAAUUGAGGCGCGCGCCAGAGAGCAGACGGAGCUUCCCCUCCCGCGCGCUGCUGCUAUGAGUGCUGCUGUCCGCCCGCUCGGCGCGCGACUCUCCCUCUGUUUGUUCCGGAACAGGAGCCGCUGACAGGUGCGUCAGGAGGAGGAGACCAGGUGAGAGCGACCGGGACUGGACCGGAGCGAACACCAGCGAAUCCAUCCGGGUCGGAGUUUAACCGUUAACCGCAGCAGAACGGAGCGGCUCGCGCAGGUUUAAACUUCUGCUAUUGUUGGGGCUUUUUUUUUCUUUUCCUUUUUUUUUUUUUCUUUCUGGUCCGGAAUGUUGGUGCUGUGCCUGCUGAGUGCCGCCUGGCUCGCUGCUGGCCCGGUUCGGGCUCAGAAUGAGACCGAACCCAUCGUGUUGGAGGGGAAGUGCCUGGUGGUGUGCGACUCCAACCCGACCUCGGACCCGACGGGCACGGCGCUCGGCAUCUCGGUGCGCUCCGGCAGCGCGAAGGUGGCUUUCUCCGCGGUCCGGAACACCAACCACGAACCGUCCGAGAUGAGCAACCGAACCAUGGUCAUCUACUUUGACCGGGUUUUAGUAAACGUUGGGAGGAAUUUUGAGGAGGAACGAAGUAACUUCAUCGCGCCGCGGAAAGGGAUUUACAGUUUUAACUUCCAUGUAGUCAAAGUCUACAACCGCCAAACCAUACAGGUGAGCCUGAUGCACAACGGCUGGCCGGUGAUCUCUGCGUUCGCCGGCGACCAGGAUGUGACACGCGAAGCCGCCAGCAACGGCGUUCUGAUCCAGAUGGAGAAGGGCGACCGGGCCUACCUCAAACUGGAAAGAGGAAACCUGAUGGGCGGAUGGAAGUACUCCACCUUCUCCGGCUUCCUGGUGUUCCCGUUGUAGAGAGGAGGGAGGAAGAGCUGGGGAUGGAAACAAAGGAGGAAGACGGAAAGUUCAGAAGCGGAGAGAAAAGGACAAAUGAGCUGGAGGAGGAGAAGA